CUGGAAGUUAGCGCUACAUCAAUCUAGCUUAAUUGGUGCUGGAAAAACAUGCCAAUUCUGGAUUCCGGGGUGGACAUUUCCCACAUUUCAUUGACUGGGGCCCGAGCGGGAGGCGAAGGGCUCCAAGCUACCGCCACUCACUCGGUGCUGGUAGAUUAGGUGGGGACAAUGGCAUGCGAAUUCUAUAAGAGCCCCGAACCCCUCAGUUGGGACGUUCGUGAUUAUUUGGAAUUUCCAUCCUGUUCUGCUCUGCAUUCAAUUGCCUCAAUUGUGGUAUUGGUUCCUAUUUCCCCUUUUCUUGGUUUCCAAGAGCCCCUUCCUGCGUUAGUUACUAGUAUAGGUGCGAAAGUACCGAGAAUGAUCCCACGGCUGUGAAGCUUAACCAAGGCCAUGGAGCUGGAAACCCUUCAAUUCCCCUCCCCGGCUGUGAGCACGAAAGGCAACGGCGAUACGCUGUCGAGAAACGAGCCCGCGGGUGCAGCUUCAUUCCCACACAGCUCCCCCCGUAAUACGUUUGAAGACACAACACCUUCAAUAACGACCAGCCCCUCAGAGCGUUGGAAUUAUCCAAAACGCAACUGUUUUCGUUUCCUAGCGGCCAAUUACAGCUUUAUAGUAUUGGGAAUCAAUGAUGCAGCCUACGGUGCUCUUAUUCCAUAUCUAGAAACUUAUUAUCACGUUACCUACACAGUCAUAUCGCUAGUAUUUUUAUCCCCUCUGUUAGGAUAUAUCACGUCGGCCAUAUUGAACAAUAUGUUACAUAUGCGCUUUGGGCAGCGCGGCCCUGCUCUUUUGGGACCUGCCAGCCAUGUCAUUGCCUAUGUCAUUGUCUGCCUUCACCCUCCAUAUCCGGUCCUAAUCAUUGCCUUUAUUAUUGCUGGCUUCGCAAAUGGCCUGUCAGACGCUGCAUGGAACGCGUGGGUGGGCUCAAUGGCAAAUGCCAAUGAACUUCUAGGACUGUUACACGGCUCUUAUGGCCUAGGGGCAUUACUGGCACCGACAAUCGCUACAUCCCUCAUCACAAAAGCGGGCUGGCAGUGGUUUGAGUUCUAUUACCUUGUUACUGGAAGCGCCUUUUUGGAACUGGUUUUUCUCGGGGCCUCAUUCUGGAAUUCGACAGGGGCCCUGUACCGCGAGACACACCAGCGUAGCGAGGUAAGCCACAGCGCGAGGACCAUGCCCUCCGAUGAAGAACGACCACAGGUUACGAGAAAUGAUAUUAUCAUCAGCAAGAUCUUCGGCAACAGCCGCACAGCUGAGGCUGUAAGGAACAAAAUAACUUGGAUCUGUGCAUUCUUCCUGAUCGCCUAUGUUGGGAUCGAGGUUGCCCUAGGUGGGUGGAUCGUCACGUUCAUGAUUCGCGUUCGCCAUGCGUCAAACUUUGCAUCCGGCAUGGCGUCGACUGGGCUCUGGGCCGGUAUCACUGUUGGGCGUGUGGUUCUCGGCUUCGUAACCCCUCGAUUAUUUAAGUCUGAAAAGCAUGCCGUGACUGUAUAUCUGGGAGCCUCUGUGGUCCUCGAGCUUCUCUUUUGGCUUAUUCCCCAAUUCAUCGUUUCUGCGUUGAUGGCUGCUUUCCUUGGGUUCUUUCUGGGGCCCCUGUUUCCAGCAGCUGUAAUCGCUGCGACGAAGUUGCUCCCGAAACAUCUACAUGUCAGUGCUAUCGGCUUCGGUAUUGGGUGCAUAUCGUCAUUCGGAACAUCCUUCACGUUUUUACUGCAACCUAACCAAUCAGCCUGGCUACGGUGCCCUUAUCAAAGAAAAAAGGCGAUUAUAUGGAUGACAGGAAUGUGGUCAUACCUUGAAAUUCUGGAAGUUGUGAAAAUCGGUGCAAAACAUUUCCUCUGCAGUUCCGCUUGGCAAAUGGAGUCAUCAAACCCUGCUCCGCUCAGCGGAACACCCUGGGAUGAGGACAUUUACACUGGGAACAACAAUGACAAUGUUGGUAAUCGGGAUGCUUCCAGCAUCUACAAAGGAGGAAUUCCUACGUCUGGCCCUCCAGUGAACAAAUUCCAUAAGUUUUCGCCUCGACCAAGGGGUAUCUCCAACCCGUUACAAACCGGAAUACUCAACUAUCUCAAGAGCCAGCAGCACCACCAGUACAACCACUGUUUGCCCAUACAUUUCCAUCCAAUUUCUCCGCAAUCACCAUCGAUUCCCCUACCUAAAAGAUUUACAGUUUACACACCUCUCCUCCUGCUUCCGUCAAAUACAUUCUCCUUGCCACCCGAAUGGGCGACACUUUACAAUACAUUUUCUAGCGCAGAGCGCCAGGAGCUUUACGCAUGCAUAGUUGCAUCCUUCGCAUCAAUGGGCGUCACGCACAUCGCGAUAAAUGCGCCCAUAUCUCCAACAAUUGCUACUGGCAUUGACAAUCGAAUUCGAAGUCCGACGGGGUUGGCACCUUUGUUUGGGGAUUUUGGAGAGGCCAGUGAUCAUGUAGGGGGAGAAGCAGGGAGAGGGGAGGUAUGCGAAGAUAUAGAAGAAAAAGAAGCUAACCCUUCGGAAACGGCUUUGCAGUCUGCGUUGUGGGUUCGCGCGGUGCAGAAUCGCGGCAUCGUGCAGAUUUGGGCACCAUUUCAUUCUAUGUUCAGUCGUGGGAAUGUUGUGGAGAAGGCGAGGAUUUUGGGGAUUGAGUCUCGGUUUGAGGGGCUUGAUGAUGGUUUUGAUGACAGUGGGAAGCGAAUGUUAGGCCAGCGAAUGGGAGAUAUUGCGGUGGUCGAUAUGUAUGCUGGGAUUGGCUACUUCGUGUUUUCGUACCUGAAGAGAGGGGUCGGGCGGGUGUUGGGCUGGGAGAUCAAUGGGUGGUCGAUUGAAGGAUUGUGUAGGGGAUGUAAGGAAAAUGGAUGGGGGGUUAAGGUGGUCAAGGUCGACAAGAAGACGGGCGAGAUAGAAGGCAGUAUUGAUGGGUUAGCCAGGGGAUUGAGGGAGGAAGAUCGUGUGGUAAUUUUCCAUGGUGAUAACAAGUUUGCAACAGAUGUGUUAAGAGCUUUGGAAGAGGCAAUGCAGCGGACGAAGACAUGGAAACGCAUCCGGCAUGUUAAUCUUGGAUUAUUGCCGAGUUCUAAGCCGUCAUGGGAAGGGGCUGUGAAGGUUCUGGAUACGGAGGCUGGAGGCUGGAUCCAUGUUCACGAAAAUGUGGAUGUAAAGAGUAUCGGGAUGAUGGAGGAGGGUAUUGCUAAAGAGAUCAGUUCUCUGCUCAGCUCUUCUAGAGGAAGUGCACAGCUUCCACCGUCAUCACAACCCUUUAUUCCUGCAGCGAAGUGUAUCCAUGUGGAAAGAGUUAAGACCUAUGCCCCGGGCGUGAUGCAUUGCGUUUUUGACAUCUACAUACCACCUUCACCAAGCUGGUUGGAAUCGAGCAACAACAUAUUAACCUGA